CGGUGCUAUAAAAAUGAUAACUUAGCGAGAAGAAGCUCUUCAGUUCGCGAUCAUGUGGGACUCCCGCGAAAAUUCCUUCUCUAAGACUGGUAGGACGAGAUGGUCCUACGAGACUUACUCUUACUCAUCCGCGCGCGAGAAUCAGGCACAGAAUCGAGACAUUCAAGACACAUUCGCCAGGAUGCGCCCUUCCAUAACGGUGCAACAAGAUCCCGCGUCGCAGCAGCGUGUGAAUUCUGUGAAUGUACAACAACGUUCGAACUAUCGCCAGCAACGGUCUUCUUGGCAACAGGAUAAUCGUUCGUGUGAAGUGAGCAUAUCAUCCGCCCGCGCGUCGGUGAUGGUGUACGACGACGUGAACAAGAAAUGGAUACCGAGUGGCAGCUCGUCCGGCCUGUCCAAGGUUCAGCUCUAUCACCAUCAAGUGAACAAUACGUUUCGCGUAGUCGGCAGGAAGCUGCAGGACCACGAAAUUGUCAUCAACUGUGCGAUUCUAAAGGGACUCAAGUACAAUCAAGCCACGGUCACGUUUCAUCAGUGGCGAGAUAACAAGCAAGUCUACGGGCUCAAUUUUUCCAGUAAAGAUGACGCCGAUGCCUUCGCUCGGGCAAUGCUCCAGGCACUCGAUGUGCUGAGUAAUGGUAGCAACAUAUCAAGGAGUCUUGCUCCGACAACCAACACGACUACUCAACAGCAAACCGCCUAUCAACAGCAGCAGCAGCAGCAGCAGCAGCAACAGCAGCAACAGCAACAGCAACAGCAGCAACAACAGCAACAGCAGAGCCAGGCAACCGUUCAGUAUGAGGAAGAUAUGGGAUACAGUCAAGGUCGUAACGCGCGGAUUUCCUUGUCCCUGAGCCAUCUGCCUACAGGAGGCCAGACGGCCCUGCCCGUGGGCUCCGCCACCACAACCCCCGAACACCACGUGACCGUUAGUGGUGCUGUUGGCACUGUUAUUCAAAUGGGCUGUGCGCGUGGCUCAUCGGGCGAUGGAUACACGAGAACCAUGACUAGAGAAGACGUGGCAAUAAUCCAGGAACGCAGAAUGUCUCAGCAAAGUCAAGCAACUGGAAGUCCCAAUCCCAUAUCACCGAGUUGCCCGCCUGCUGCUCAGCAACAACAACAACAACAACAACAACAACAACAGCAGCAGCAGCAACAACAACAAUCUGGUCAUCAUCGAACUUCAUCGGCACCGCCGGCGCCACAACCGCCUCCACAGCAACUACCAACCUUACAAAGUGGCGGCAGUACGAUUCCAGCGGCUCCGCAAAUGUCGGCUGGGCCGGGAGUCGGUCCCCCGGUACCACCGCCCCAACCACCGAUUGCACCUCCCGCUCCACCGUGCCCACCGACAAUGAUGAAUUUUAGUUCGUCCGCGGCGCCGGCACCACCGAUGAUGAUGAAUCAGUACGCACAAUCGCCAUCAUCCCAAUCAAGUCAACAGUCUCAAUGCCAAUCUAUCUACGUUACUAAUCAGGCAAACCAGUACAGUGCUGCGCCUACAAGCAAUCAGUACGCGAGUGCCACUGUUCCUAAUAGUGGCAGUGGCACCGGAAGCGGUGCGACCUCCGUCGUGGGCCAGAGCCCGAAUCAAUUUCCACCAUCUGGCAGUCAAAACAACUUUUACGGUACUAAUAGUCAGACGAGUAAUUACACUACUGGCGGACAAGUUAAUACAGGCCAAUAUAACCAGUCAGUUGGUAGUCAGGCUACGCAAUACGGUAGCAGCGGUAAUCAGUAUGGAAGUAAUAGCUCGAUAAAUCAGUAUGCUGUCGGUCCUCCACCUGGUUCGGUGAGUCAAUACGCGAUCGCGCAACCUGGUCAAUCGCAAUACGUAUCCCAGGCACAAGCACAGUAUGGUGGUACCGGUCAGGUACAAGCAACUGCCACAGCGGGUGGUACCACAAAUCCGUAUGGGACACCAUCAAAUUCGGUGAAUCAGUAUACAACCGGUGGACAUCACACAGUCAGCGCUAACGCUUAUGCUCCUAUUGCUAGUGGUCCUCCGCCGCCUCCGAUGGUAUCACUGGCUGGUCCCGCUGCACCGCCUCCACCGCCACCGCCGCCUGUACCUAACGCUAACAAUUCCACCGCUGUUACUGGUUCGUCUAUUAGUUCCUCGAAUGAUCCUCCACCUGAUACCAACUCAUUAGCAGCUGCUCUUCAAGCACGUCUUAAAAAGAAACAGCAACAGUCACAACCAGUGGAGAACAGCGGCUCGAGUACUAGUAGUAGUAGCAGUGGUGGAGGAGGCGGCAAUUAUGGCACCUUAGGGAGAGGUGGAGGCGGCGGAAUGGCUUCCAUGAUGGAUGAGAUGGCUAAGACUCUAGCACGCCGAAGGGCUGCCGCCGAGAAGAAACAACCCGAACAACCUCCGGAACCGGAAAGUUCGCCAGACAAGAAAUCUUGGGAUAAAAACAAUGCGUCUAAUAAUAAGUUUUCUAAUGGCGCCGAGUCACCGAAAUCGGUUCGCAAGAGGUUCGGUUCAGCUUCGGAGGAUACUCUUCUCAAAGUAAAUGGUGUUAAUGAUGGAACUUCGCUCACCGCGCAAGAGAUGGAGGCCUUUAAGGUGGAGAUAAUUAAAGAAGUACGGAAAGAAUUUCAGAAGAUGAAACAAGAAAUAAUCGAUGCCGUAAGAACAGAACUAAAUAAGAGAUAAAGAAGAUAAUAAAGAAGAGAUAAAA